GUAGUCGGAGGGCACAGAGAAGGAGACAGCGUCAUGUUUUCUGGGAUUCAACACAUGCGGCUUUGGAGACUCCAAAUCAGCUUCUAGUCCCUGGCGUGCGUCAUUGCGCAGCGGCGCGUCUAGCACUUGGUGGUUAAUCGGAAUCUGCUGACAGCGCACAACCAGUUGUUUUUUUCUUGCAGACAUAUGUUUGCGCAGAUCAGCAGGUGCUGCCUUAGAAAAAGGAGAGUGGAAAACACGUGAAUGGAAGUGGAGGUUUCAGCCCCGGCGAACUGAGGGAGAACUCUUUCAUCGAAGGACUCUUUAUUUCCACGAUGCGCUGCCGGACGCGUGCGUGACAUGAUCGCGGCGAUAGAUCGGAUCAGAUAAAUUCGACCAGGCGUCUACGCUCCUUUCGCAGCCAUGGCUCACUCUGUAUCUGGAGGGACCGUGCUCACUAUCCUCCUCAUUAGCAGGUUGUUAGAGAACUCGCUGCUCAACGCAGAAGUGAAGGAAGGGGAGAUUCUGCCUCCUACCAUUCAGAAGCUGAUGAAAGGAUACAACAAGUAUCUCAGGCCUUUCUUUGACAACGGCCCUGUGACGGUGGGAAUGAGUUUGGAUAUUGCUAGCAUUGACACCAUCUCUGAGAUUAACAUGGACUACACGGCCACCAUAUUCCUGCGCCAGCGCUGGACAGACGAGCGCUUAGUGUUUGAGGGCAACAAGAGCCUGAGCCUUGACGGACGGCUGGUGGAGCUCCUCUGGGUGCCGGACACUUUUAUUGUCGACUCCAAGAAAUCCUUCCUGCACGAUAUCACCGUGGAGAACCGGCUGAUCCGCAUCUUCCCCAACGGGACCGUCCUUUAUGCUCUGAGGAUCACCACCACAGUGGCCUGCAACAUGGAUCUGACGAAGUACCCCAUGGACAAGCAGACUUGCACGUUACAACUAGAGAGCUGGGGCUACAACAUCAAUGACGUUAUGUUCUACUGGACUCGAGGAAAUGAGUCUGUCAGCGGCUUGGACACUCUCCAACUGGCUCAGUACACUGUAGAGGACCACUACACAUCCGUCUCGGAGGCUGUAUAUGAAACAGGCCAUUACCCCAGGCUCGUUUUUCACUUUGAGCUGAAGAGAAGCAUUCUGUAUUUCAUCCUGGAGACUUAUGUCCCCUCGAGCCUGCUGGUGGUCCUCUCUUGGGUCUCCUUCUGGAUUUCCUUGUCCUCUGUUCCAGCUCGAAUAUGCAUAGGAGUGACCACAGUUCUGACUAUGACCACCUUGAUGAUGGGAGCCAGGACAUCGCUGCCCAAUGCCAACUGCUUCAUCAAGGCUAUCGACGUCUACUUGGGAAUCUGCUUCAGCUUCAUCUUUGGAGCGCUCAUCGAGUACGCCGUGGCCCACUUCUGCACUCUCACUCACCCCGACGCUCACAUGCUGAUGAUGUACGGCCACCAAAUGCACGACAUGGAGGACGAAAUGAAUGGCAUCGUCACCACCAUUUCCACUCACUCCAACAGAGCCAAGAGACGCAAGGAGCCUGCCGUCACUUCUGCCCCGGUUACUGCCUCGGCAGAACUCACUGUCGGCCCAUCUAGUCCGUCGGGCAGCGAGCCCAAGCCUGAAGUGUCCCCUCCAGAACCCACCAACUGGUGCCUCACCACUCUUGCCACACUCCGCAAAAUCUUCCGCUAUUUAAGCUGCUGUCAUAUCAAGAACCCCCACCACAUAGACAACUACUCCAGAGUUACCUUCCCCCUCUCUUUUGUCAUGGUCAACCUACUCUACUGGACAUAUUAUUUGUACUUCUAGUGUUGGCUUUAGAGCAGCACCGAGUCUCCGAGAGUGUAAGGCAAAGCGUGUAUGUAGACAAGGUAUUUUGCUGGAUGCACUAUAUGUACAGAAAGCAUUAACAAAGCGUGUUCUUAGAUGAGUUUAUACGGUUUCUACGUUUGGUUCUAAAGAGCAAAGUAGCAAAAAGUCAAACGAGACGGUUGUUUUUAUUUAUUUAUCUAUUUAUUGGAAAAACUACUGCUUUUAAGUAAGGCUUCAUUUUGAACAGCAAAACAGGUGCAUCUAAAUGAAUUUGAAUAUUAUUGAUGAAGUAAAAAUGUCAGCCCGCUGUCCAUGUUCUGUACAGUAGAUAUAAUCAUUUUUGAAGCUCCUUUGAAUGAGUUACUAGAUCAAUGUGGCAUGGUAUGAAGGCAAUCAGCCUUUAGCUCCCCCAAGGUGUUAAGGAAAUCCUGGUUGCCUUAAGGGCGCCUUAGGGCUCGUCUGCACUGUUGGCUCUGGUGUCUCUCAUCUUCUUCUUGACGAUACUCCAUACAUCCUCUGUGGGCUUCAGGUCAGGCCAGUUAGCUAGCCAAUCAACUAUAGUGAUGCCAUUCUCAUUAAAACAGGUACUGGUACCUUUGGCGGUGUGGGCAGGCACCAAAUCCUGCUGCAAAAUAAAAUGAGAAUCUCCAUGAAGCUCAAGAGAAGAGCAUAAAAUGCCUCAAAAUUUCCUGGUUGACCAUUUCUCUACUGCUGGGCUUGAUAAAACAGAGUGGAGCAACACGGGCAGGUGCAAUUUUCCCCCGAAAUCUUUGGAAAUUUCGGGUUUCCACAGUAGGUUUUGUGACAAGCUCUAUUUCUUGUGGCUCUCUCCCUAGAACUCUAAAUAGGACUGCAGUUAUCUGAUGCUUCUGUUCCUUUUUCUGUGAAGCCUCUUACUAACAUUAGAGGUUGCGUUAGAGGAUAGGGAUUACAACACAACCCUCUUAACUCUUCUUAAUCCAUGGUCACCUGUCAGCUGUUGGACUAUUGAGUCUAGUCAGUCUGGUCUGAAUUCCUUAAUAUGUUUUUUUCCUUCAGCAUAAGCCUCAUGAAAUUAUUAUUAUGUUAAUAAAUUGAACCCCCCCCCCCCCCGCUGGUCCAUUCUCUCCAGUAUUUUUGUCAUUGUUGUCUGACGCAUACAUAGAGAUACAAACUUCUGCUUGUAUCUCUAUGUAUGAGUGGCAUUCACGCUUGUCCAACUAAGUUGACAGGGGAGUUACUUCCACUUCCGCAAGUAUCAGUAAUUAAAUAGAUGGAAUAAAAAACAAACAAAAAAAAUGUUGAUUGGCCACUGUUGCAGAGAGCUGCACCCAGAGGAUCUUUAAAUAACCAACUAGAGAGCAGCAUGAAGUUACAUGGAAGCCAAAAGUGUUACAACGUGGAUACACACUAAUUUGGCCAGCAUCCCUUGCCAUUAAAAAUGUAUGAAUUUAUACUUACACAAAAAAUAAACUCAAAUAAACAAAAAUGAAUGGGAAU